ACUCAUUCAUCCUUUGACUUAACAACUGCAUUAUAGGACUUUAUUAUCUCAAAGCUGUGUGUGAUUGUGUGUGUGUGUGAGAGAGAGAGAGAAAGCCAGAGAGAGAACAGUGUAAAGGAAGAUUCCAUUAGAGAAACACUGUAAAGAGCCAGAAGGCUCACAACAGCUAAUCCCCAUCAUGCUUUCCAGGCCCCACCCCGCUUCCUUCUCAUCAUAACUUGUGAUCUUAGAGGCAUGAAAGAAUUUGAGCCCCUCCCCCAGCCUGACCACCUCCGUGAGCUGCCCAGCCAGGCUCCAUGUCAGAUGCAGCUGCGAGCACAAACCCCAGGGCCACGCAGGAGGCGGCAGGCUUGCAGGCAGGUUCCUCACCCAGUGGCCAUGGACGAGAGCAGCGGGCAGCCUGAUGUCCACACCUAUAAAUCCCUAGCCGAGGAUGGCCCUUUCUGCUCUGUGGAGCCACCCAAAAGACCCACGGGGAGUCUGGUCAUGCACAGCAUGGCCAUGUUUGGCCGGGAGUUUUGCUAUGCGGUGGAGGCAGCCUACGUGACCCCAGUCCUGCUCAGUGUGGGCCUGCCCAAGAGACUAUACAGCGUGGUGUGGCUCCUCAGCCCCGUCCUGGGGUUCCUGCUGCAGCCCGUGGUGGGAUCGGCCAGCGACCACUGCCGGGCCCGGUGGGGCCGGCGGAGACCCUACAUCCUCGCUCUGGGUGUCAUGAUGCUCUUGGGCAUGGCUCUGUACCUCAACGGGGACACUAUCAUAUCAGCUUUGAUUGCUGACCCAAGGAGGAAGCCUAUUUGGGCCAUAAGCAUCACCAUGACAGGUGUGGUUCUUUUUGAUUUUGCUGCUGACUUCAUUGAUGGGCCCAUCAAAGCCUACUUAUUUGAUGUCUGCACCCAUCAGGACAAGGAGAGGGGCCUCCACUAUCAUGCCCUCUUCACAGGUUUGGGCGGUGCCCUGGGUUACCUUUUGGGUGCCAUCGACUGGGCCCAUCUGGAACUGGGAAGAUUGCUGGGCACAGAAUUCCAGGUCAUGUUCUUCUUCUCCUCCUUGGUGCUCACUUUGUGUUUUAUUAUCCAUCUGUGCAGUAUCCCUGAAGCCCCACUUAAAGAUACUGCAAAGGACACUCCCCCACGGCAAGCCCCCCAGGACCCUGCAUCGUCAUCAGACAGGAUGUACGAGUAUGGGUCUAUUGAGAAAGUUAAAAAUGGUUAUGUAAACCCAGAGCUGGCACUGCAGGGAGGAAAAACCAAAAAUCCUCCUGCUGAACAGACUCAGAGGACAAUGACCAUAAAGUCACUGCUGAGGGCACUGGUGAGCAUGCCUGCCCACUACCGCUGCCUUUGCAUCAGUCACCUCAUUGGAUGGACCGCCUUCCUGUCCAACAUGCUCUUCUUCACAGACUUCAUGGGCCAGAUUGUGUACCAUGGGGACCCCUACAGUGCACACAACUCUACAGAGUUCCUCAUCUACCAAAGAGGGGUCGAGGUUGGGUGUUGGGGCUUGUGCAUCAACUCCGUGUUUUCCUCACUUUACUCUUACUUUCAGAAAGCUUUGGUUCCCUACGUCGGAUUAAAGGGUCUUUACUUCAUGGGGUAUUUGCUGUUUGGCCUGGGGACGGGAUUUAUCGGGCUCUUCCCAAAUGUCUACUCCACCCUGGUCAUGUGCACCUCGUUUGGCGUGAUGUCCAGCACCCUGUACACCGUGCCCUUUAACCUCAUUGCCAUGUACCACCGCGAGGAGCAGGAGGAGCAGAGGCAGCAGACCCAGGGCGGGGGCCUGGACAGCAGCUGGAGGGGGCAGGGCCUGGACUGCGCUGCCCUCACCUGCAUGGUGCAGCUGGCACAGAUCCUGGUCGGAGGCGGCCUGGGCUUUCUGGUCAACAUGGUCGGGAGCGUCGUCGUCGUGGUGAUCACGGCCUCUGCGGUGGCACUGAUCGGCUGUUGCUUUGUGGCUCUCUUUGUUAGAUAUAUAGAUUAGGUCAAUAAAGAGACCUCAUCCCUAACCUCAGACACGGUGGAAUACAUGGCAGGAAAUCA